AGAGCAAGAAGCUUAAGAAAAUGUAUUUAAAUGAUCUGUUAUGCAAUCAAGAUUGUAUUCGAAUAAUAAUAGAGUUUGAGAAAUAACAGUGUUCAAAGUCUCUCUUACUUCUUAACUAAUUGCCUUUGUGUAAAAAUAAAGCUGUUAUAUUCGUGCAUUCAUUUUCCUGUUGCGUUUGGCUCCCAAUAUGUCAUAAGAAUGGGAAAAGCGAGGGGGAGGGGGGGGUCCGUCAUUUGCCCCACUACUUUGAGACGCAGAACGACAGGGACGAGCUGCAAAAUUCAAACCUACUUGUAGUGAAUUUAAGUCUCAAUAUGAAUAGGACCUACUCCAUUUAUCUGUCCUUAAGUACGACUAACAUUUCUGUCUGUGGGGGGCCCUAACCGCAAUUGAAGAACUUCGUUUUUCUUAAAGAACUGGAAGGUAGGACCUCGAAUCUCGGAGAGCAGUAAGGGUGAGAUGAAUAAGCACACUGUGCUCCAAGGCGACAUGGUUGAUUUGCUGAGAAGAAUAAGACGAUACUCUUUGUGUUUCUACUGUGGGUUUUGUCAUACUCGACCUAGGAUAAUGGUCUUUUAUCUUUUUCAACAGUCGUACAAUACCGAGUUAUCAAACACAUCGUCCUUGCGUCCUGUUCCGUAUUGAUUGGUCGUUACAUUUGGAGACAAAUCGAUCGCUUUUCCAACAUCUGCGCAAGAAGCCCCCAAGGAAGCAAUAAAGACUUAGGAACCAGAAAAAUAAAGGAGGGAGCAAAAACAGAGAGACGGGAAUAAAGGACACGAUUCGGGAAGGGGAGGGUAUUAUAUGGGUCUUAUGCUGACAUUGAUAGGGCCUCGGCUUAUGGCAACGGAGCGAGGGACCAGACAGUCGGCUGACGCCUGCGGUGUAUUCCAGCGACGGUAGAGAAGAAAACAGAGGAUCGGUUCAUUACUCCCAGUGUGAUAUUAGACUACGUCCGUGUUUAUUGCAUGGGGUACGUGUGUUUGCAAACUGUGAGAAGUGACCUGUCGUGGAUCAAUCGCAUAUACGUGUGUAUGUGACAGACCUCUGGAUUAGGAGUCAGGACAGACCACACUAUUAGAUUCAUGACUGUUCUUCUUCUCCUUCAUUUUACUGAUUACCUUGGUCUUCCCUGAGCCUGAGUACAGCAUAUUUCAAGAAUGGAAGAAUCCUGAUGGCGCCAUAAAUGUGAAAAGAUAGUCAACACUUCAGUCAUGGCUCUAUAUUGGCGUUCCCCGUACAAGGAACACAGCCACGGGAGUUCUGGGGGUUUUGACAAUACUCGGGCCGAGGUAAACUCUGCUCCCAAAAGUGCGCGGUCUGUAUCAAGUGCCCGCACCCAUCGCACCAGAUUCUCCGACCCAGUGUCUCCUCAAGAUUGGUUUGAUAGUUCACUACCGACGGCUAAAAAUCGAAAGCCGACAAUUUUCAGGCGUGCGGGGGGUAGUCAGAUUAAAGGAAUUCUGAAAACGUCACCCGAAAGGACUUCCCAGCCUGAAGAAAUGUUUUAUAAGAAUAAGGAUCAUGUCACUCAUUCGUCAAACGACAGAAGAAAAGAGAAGAAAAAAGUUACUUUUGGGGGCGACAGUCCUGAGUCAUCACUCUCUGAGUCAAAAUUCCAACCUGUGAGAAGUUCAUCAGCUCACCAAGUGAGACCUCAUUUUGCUCCUACUUUGAACGAAUUUGCGAGACAGAACUUAAAGAAACUGCUUGGUUUUGCCCAGAUGGCAACGCUACCACCUGUGAGUGGGAAGGGACUUGCUCCUAAGACGGAAAGGCCAACGUCUUCGUCUUCAAACUGUAGGCAUAGUCCAGACUUGCGAUGUGCAAAGUGUUUUCAAGAGAACGAUAAGGAAAACGGAUCUCAUUAUGACAAAUAUGAAGCAAAAAUAUCGCAAGAGUCCCGUCCACCUUACCUUGAGCUAAACGAAGACGCUCAUCCUUCCCAGCCAAAGAUAAACGGCAACAACUGGACCGCUGAGCAAGAAACUCGGAAAUCAUUGAGUAUAGGUUAUGAGCGUGAGCCAUCGCCCACAGACUCAAAACAGGAGCCAAGAAAAAGCCUAGACAGACACUGGACUAAAUCUUUCGUGAAGUCAACAGAUCGUCGAAAACGCAGUCGCCAUCUCGCUGGGCGAUACCCUUUCGCCGCGGGCACUAUUUCAAGACAUCGGAUAUCAGGUUUCAUGUUUCAAACUGAGGAGAAAAACGUGUCUCCAGAAGAAAUUGCUAAUGACUUUAUUAAGUUGCAAGUCUCUGGAGGUGGUAAAAUAAUCAGCAGCAAGUCAGGCGGGCAUGAGCAAGCGGGUGCAACGGAUAGUUUUGAAGCUCAUACACCAGGAAGUGCUCGGUCUGAUGGGUCCGGACACCGUGGUUAUAAGAUCCCCUCCACUGCCAUCCACCCUCCCCACGGGACCGCUUCUCCCAGAAAGCCAGCGACGCCCAAUACAUUGAGAGUCAAAUUCGGUGCUGCUGGGUUGGAAGGUCGGGAUGAAGUGUACAAUUUAGACAAAACAUCUCAGAUUUUGUCCUGGCUUCAUGACGUGAAGCAGAAGGACGGAUUCCAGCCUAGACACGCUCGGCUCUAUGCUCUAGAGCCCCAACAAUUGCAUUAAUCGAGUUUGACGUGUAUCUAGAAAAUUAUAUAAGAAUGCUUUUUAGACUGAACAGGAUUUCUUUUACAUUGUACCUACAGCCACAGCUUUUAUUGAAUUUCAUACAUACCUUUUUUUUCUUGAACCGUCUUUUUCUUUUCCCAUUGACUUCUCUUCAAAGAGUUGUAAUGAAGGAAGAAGGGAUUCGUACUUAGAUAUGACAUUUUUAAAGUAUUGUUGAUCAACAACGGUCAUUUUAUCAUGUUAUUGUGAAUGUGAGUGGAUUUGCUGGUUUAUUAUUUUUAAAACAAUUAAGUCACAAGACUCCAUCUUAUUAGUUUGGCCUGUAAAAGAUAUAAUUAGAAAACAGAGUUUUUGCUGGCGUCGUGAAGCGUUGGAGUAAAGUGACUUACAACAGUCGA